AUGGCUUUCAUCAAUCAGCGCACUCUCCACCUCGCAGCUAUCAUGCUGCUCACCAUCACCACCACCCUCGCCUUCGCCCUCGCAAUGCCCGUGGCCACCCGGGCUUGCUUGGAUCUUGGCCCUGUCACCGGCCACUCUUUCCUUACUCCGGCCCGUCUUCAAGUCGGCCAGGGAAAUCCCUAUGGCGGCUCCGAUGAUCCGCAGUCAAAAGCGGCACGAGAUCACGGCUCGUUAAUUGUCAUCGUCAUGAUCUCUGUCUUUUUGGCUGCUGUCGUAUUCUUCCUCGUGUCCAAGAGACUAGGACUGAUGGAGGUGUACGGUGCGUGGUGCCGAGGCUGGCGAGACAAUCUCCGGCAACUGAAUCCCAAGAACAUUUGGGAUAAGUGGUGCGCGUUCUGGAAAGACCGCACCCGCCAAUACCGACACCGCCGGGAGGGCUUUGAACUGCAGCCAUACCCAGGCCCACCACCAAGCGCACCUUAUCAGCGCCUACCCUCUCCUGCCCGUCCUGCUCCCGCCCUGAUACGACUUGGCCGGUUCCAAGUAGGUAGAGGGGUGCUGGGGGCCGGGCAGUGA